GGAGAUGUCCUCCCGGCAUUUUGUACAUCAAUUUCAAAUUGGACCAAGGAAUCUUUUAUUGGAUUGGAUUUAGCUUGUGGGGACCUUCUGUCGUGACACAUUGUAGAUGAGAUGGGUGAUUUGAUGGGAGGAGUGACAGGAAGAUGAACCAGAGAGCGAGGGAGAGUGAAACAUGUGAACAAAACAUACAUUCCUGUAGCAUUGAUUCUGUCUAUAUCACUCUUCCCUGGUGUCAAAUUAAUGAAACAGGGAAACAGGGAAUCCCAACUGUUAGUCAUAUGCAGUGGAGAGAACAGCCCAUCUACCCAUGGGUCUCAUGAGCCGCCCCUUCAUGGCUCUUAUUUAUGAGACUGGUGCGCCCCCUACUGGUGACAUACACCUGUUACACACCUUUAGUUUUUGCAGGUUACAAAACACAAACACAUGGCUUGUGUAACUCAGGAAUCAGCUGUUUGGUAACCACUACAGGGAGCAGCUGCCAGGCGUGCAGCGCCACAUACUUGAGCUUUCAACGAUGUACUAGACUUAUUUUAAGCUCUCAGGAGUUUUGCAGCCAUUUUUACAGGUAAAGUUUAUCGUCACCUUUCACUUGAAGAUGCCUCCUGCGGCAGCGGCUGGUGCCGAGGACAGUAAAGCCUUGGUGAGGAAGAUGUUGAGGGAAGUUCUGGUGGGUCAAGAGGAUCCAGAGUGGUUCUUUGCGAUGUGCGUGUCCGCCUUGGGACACCAGGAGACCCGGUCGCAGUUUCUAUUCCUCAUCCAGCCUCUGUCCACGGCCAACAGCUCCCUGCACUCCACCCUCACCUCCAUCUACAGAGAGUAUUUCUCUAAGACAGAAGAUGAUGAACUGGAACUUGCACUGGCUCUCUCUCUACUGGAGAUGAAAGAUCACCAGCUGUCAACCCCCAGCCAAGACUCUCCGCUUCAGCAACCUGGAGACAGACCGAAUCAGAGACGCUCUGUUCAGCUGGCCUCAGUAUCCCAGCCUCAGGGAAGCAGCCACGCCCAGCUAGCAGAUGUAGUUGGCAGAAGAAAAAACACCCAGUCAUCACAAGGUGCACCCUGGGUCAAGUCGAGCCAACCACAAACAACCCAGGAGACCGAGCUUCAGGAAAGCGCACAUGUUUACAAAUGUAAUAAGGAGACACCAGGGACAUGUAAGGCUGAGUGUGUCUCCAGACUGUCUGGCUCAGUUUCCAAGCAAGACACGGUAGAAAAAGGCAACCAAAUGAUGGAUGAGGGAGAGUUGACCGAAUCACAGAAACCUAAACGCUCUAAAAACAGGCGACAGCGGCGUAAAGGCGCCGGCCAGCAUGUUGUAGGUUUGCCCUGUUCUCCAUCAGCGCAGCCACCGGUGCUGCUGUGGUUCAGGAGGGACUUGCGACUUUGUGACAACCCUGCUCUCAUUGGCUCACUGGAGGUUGGCGCACCAGUCAUCCCUGUCUUCAUCUGGAGCCCUGAAGAAGAGGAGGGACCUGGGAUUACAGUGGCCAUGGGGGGAGCCUGUAAAUACUGGCUUCAUCAAGCUUUGUCUUGCUUCUCUUUAUCUCUGGAGAACAUUGGCAGCCAUCUUGUCUUCCUGAAGGCAAACAGAGAGAGAAGUGGGGUUGGAUCUUCUGUGCAAACCGUUAAGGAGCUGGUAAAGGAGACAGGAGCAAGAACAGUUGUAGCGAACGCCCUGUAUGAGCCAUGGCUGAAGGAGAGAGAUGAUGCCGUGGUGUCAGCUCUGCAGAAAGAUGGUGUUGAAUGCAAAAUGUUCGACUCGUACUGUCUCAGAGACCCUUACUCUGUCAGCACCGAGGGUGUGGGACUCAGAGGAAUAGGUUCAGUGUCUCACUUCAUGAACUGCUGCAGUCAGAACCCAGGUUCUGCGUUAGGGGCUCCCCUGGACCCUCCUGUAUCUCUACCUGCACCUUCCAACUGGCCUCAGGGUGUCUCUUUGGACAUAUUAGGACUGGCACGCAUGCCCCGCAGAAAGGAUGGCACAACAAUUGACUGGGCAGCUAACAUUCGUAAAGCCUGGGACUUCAGUGAAGAAGGAGCCCAUGCACGACUAGAAGCCUUCCUUCAAGAUGGUGUGUACAGAUAUGAAAAAGAGUCAGGCAGGGCAGAUGCGCCGAAUACCAGCAGUCUGUCUCCAUACCUUCACUUUGGUCAGCUCAGCCCACGCUGGUUAUUGUGGGAUGCCAAAGAGGCACGCUGUCGACCGCCGAAGUUCCAGCGCAAACUGGCGUGGAGGGAUUUGGCUUACUGGCAGCUAACGUUGUUUCCUGACCUCCCCUGGGAAUCACUCAGACCCCCUUACAAGGCCCUGAGGUGGAGCAGCGAUCGUGGCCACCUGAAGGCCUGGCAGCGAGGGCGAACAGGCUACCCUCUGGUGGAUGCAGCCAUGAGGCAGCUGUGGCUGACAGGCUGGAUGAACAACUACAUGAGACAUGUGGUGGCGUCCUUUCUCAUAGCAUACCUCCACCUGCCCUGGCAAGAAGGCUAUCGCUGGUUCCAGGACACCCUAGUGGAUGCAGAUGUUGCCAUAGAUGCUAUGAUGUGGCAGAACGGGGGCAUGUGUGGUCUGGACCACUGGAACUUUGUCAUGCAUCCCGUUGACGCAGCAAUGACCUGUGACCCCUGCGGCACCUAUGUCAGGAAAUGGUGCCCUGAACUUGCAGAUCUGCCUGACGAGCUUAUUCACAAACCCUGGAAAUGUCCCGCGUCUAUGCUUCGACGUUCUGGUGUGGUGUUUGGCCAGACAUAUCCUGAGCGAGUAGUUUCAGACCUGGAGGAGAGGAGGACUCAGUCUCUGCAAGAUGUAGCUGUGGUGCGGAAAAAGUUUGGACAAUAUGUGGACAAGCGCUCAGGUUGUGAUCUGGUGCCUCUGCCCCAACGCCUGGUCUCUGAGGCUUUGGGUUUGUCACACAGCGAUGGGGGUGUGGUGACAACAGGGAAACAGUUCUUGUUGCCUGUUAUCACCCGCAUGGAAUUCAAACACCAGCUAGAAGAUCCAGACGCAGACGCCGCAUCCAACCCGUACAAUGCUGUCCUGAAAGGAUACGUGAGCCGCAAGAGGGAUGAGACCAUUGCCUUCCUUAACGAGAGAGACUUUACUGCCAGCGUGAUGUAUGAGGGAACCCAGAGGAGGGAGAGGCUGGAGAGUGAUUAUCGCAGAAUGGAGGGACUCCCUCGGCCUGCUGCACCUCGGGGCAGAGCCAGGCGAACUCCAACAGCCAAGGACAGGUUUUCUGUAGUACCUGGUGGGGCAGUCACCUCACUCAGGUGACCUCGUGAUCAAGACGGAAUAUUUACAGGUUUAUUGUGACCAGACAGUCAAAAGUAAAAUGUUACAGAAUAGGAAAGGGAUGAGGAAGAAAUUGGACGAAACAUCUCCUCUUUAAAUCUACUCUGGACUCUAAGCGGUGGGCAGAGUGAGACAGAUUUGCAAAAUGCUCAUAACUUCUUGUACACCGAGAGUUUGAUCUCAGGUAUUAGGCUGGUAUGAAUCCAUUGCUCAAGUGCCAAACACCGGCUCCUGGGCCUCAUGUAUAAAAAUGUUCAGAUAUAUACUUGUAAUCUUGCAUUUUACAUUUUGGUUGUUGGGGUGCCUUUUGAAAUUUGUAUUAUGUGUUCUAACUACAAGCUGUACAAUGUGUGUGUACAUCACAGGUGGUCGACUAAAGCAGUUUUCUUUGUAUUUAUUUUAUAUGAUGCAGAUGACUUAAUAUGCAAAUAUUAUGCAAUACUCUGACAGUUUUUAAAUAUUACCUGUACAUUGACAAGUAGUAUUUCUUAAAACAUUGCCCAGAUUUAUAAUAUGAAGUUGAACCUUUGGGAAUAAAAACAUGACAAAAAACACAAUA